AAGACGACAGGAGGCGGAAGCUUUCCCCCUCUUUUGCUGUGUGUUUGUUCGAUUAUUCUGACGAUUUAUAUUUUCGAACUCGUCCUUCUCAACUAGACCGUGAGUGUGUGUGGUGUGUGAAACUCCUCUCUUGUGUGAGCUUGAUUUCUGCCUUUUCAUUUAUUUAUUUUUUUCCAUUCCUUCUUCUCUUCUCUCCUCCCGGCACGCCUGGCCUGUGGGUUUGAGUGUUUGUGUGCGUGUGCAUUCAUCUGUGAGAUUGCACCUGUGUGUGUGUGUGUGUUUCUGUCUGUAUGUGUGUGAGUGUGUGUGUGUGUGUUAGUUAGUUAGUUAGUGUGCGUGUGUGUGUGUGUGUGUGAUCAUAAUGGGGAAGGUGAAGGCCUCGGGGCCGUUGUCGCGGCGACCGGAUAACUCUGCGUUUAAGCAGCAGCGUCUCCCCGCCUGGUCUCCGGCGCUCAACGCUCACACACUCCUGCCGCUCUUCUACGGCGUCGCCGUGCUGUGUAUCCUACUGGGGGUCUGGCUACUCGUCACCGUGCAGAACACACACGAGAUCAAGGUGGAUUACACGGAUGCUGAUAGUUGUUCUAGCUGCUAUGAGAUGAGAGAGGACCGGCAGAACGCCACCAAGCCAUGCUCCUGCCAAGUCAAGUUCACCAUCCCAGAGAACAUCACGGGUGAUGUCUUCUUCUACUAUGGGCUGAUCAACUUCCACCAGAACCUGCGUCUCUACAUGGACUCACGAGACGACGCCCAGCUUCUGGGCAGGACGAGGAACCUCAAGAGCCCCAGUUCCUACUGUGCGCCGUUUAACUAUGUGAAUGGCAUUCCCAUCGCCCCCUGUGGAGCCAUCGCUAACAGCAAGUUCAAUGACACGUUGAUUUUGUAUUAUGAGGGUACACCUCGUAAAGAAGUGCCCUUCUACAGACGCGGAAUCAGCUGGUACACCGACCAGAAUGUCAAGUUCCGGAACCCCACCAUCAACGACACAUUCUCCCUAGCGCAGGCCUUUCAAGGCACGGCUCCUCCCGUGUACUGGCAGAAGCCUGUGUAUGAUCUGGACACCAGCCAACCCAAUAACAACGGCUUCACCAACGAGGACCUGAUCGUGUGGAUGCGUGAGGCGGCCUUCCCCAACUUCAAGAAGCUCUACGGGGUCCUCAACCGGGGUGCUAAGGCGGACUUCAAAAAUGGCCUGCCAGCCGGGGAGUACACCAUCGAAAUACAAUAUAACUUCCCGGUGCAGUACUUCCGGGGGCGCAAGGGUGUGGUGCUGUCCACGGUCACCUGGUUCGGGGGCAAGAACCACUUCCUCCCCAUCGCAUACCUGGUGACCGGGGGACUGGUGCUGGUCAUAGCUGCCCUCCUCACCGCUGUUUACUUGAAGUUCGGCAAGGAUGGCAAGAACAUGGACUUUGAAGAGGAGAGUAAGGAAGAGGGGGGGAGAGGGAGAAUAUGAGAGAGGAGAGGAGAGGAGAGAAGAGAAGAGGAGA